AGGAGCAUUUUCUACGUGCUCAGAACGGAGAGAGAAGUUGAUCGCAGCGAUGGCAAGAACCAAGCAGACCGCUCGUAAAUCCACCGGUGGCAAAGCCCCGAGGAAGCAGCUCGCCACUAAAGCCGCCCGGAAGAGCGCCCCAGCCACCGGCGGCGUCAAGAAGCCCCACCGUUACAGGCCCGGGACCGUGGCUCUCCGAGAGAUCCGCCGCUAUCAGAAGUCCACCGAGCUGCUGAUCCGCAAACUGCCUUUCCAGCGUCUGGUGCGAGAGAUCGCUCAGGAUUUCAAGACGGACUUGCGCUUCCAGAGCUCCGCUGUCAUGGCCCUGCAGGAGUCCAGCGAGGCUUAUCUGGUCGGUCUGUUCGAGGACACCAACCUGUGCGCCAUCCACGCCAAGAGAGUCACCAUCAUGCCCAAAGACAUCCAGCUGGCCCGCCGCAUCCGCGGAGAGCGCGCUUAAACCCGCCGCUGACAAACACCCCAAAGGCUCUUUUAAGAGCCACACACAUCGCACUGAACGAGACCGUUUCCACUGUAACAACGAGUAUUUGCUCCUCACCAGAAAAGGACAAUAUUCCAGUUAAACAUAAAUUAUAGGUCUUACAACUUUAUUUUCAUUGUAUUUACUCAAGAUUAUUUUGGAAUGAUUUGGAAUUCUGUAUUAACAGAGAAUUGAAGGUAUGAUAGAAAUUUGUAUAGUUUAUGUAUUUUUUAUACAGAAAACGAAAAUUUGAAUACUAAAGAGCAACAUAUACAA